AUGGGCAUCUUUUGUUUUUCAGGCCAAAAGGUAUGUUUUGCUGAUUACAAGCACCCGUGCUACAAGAUGGCCUACUUCCACGAGCUGUCCAGCCGGGUGAGCUUUCAGGAGGCACGCCUGGCCUGUGAGAGCGAGGGGGGAGCCCUGCUCAGCCUCGAGAACGAAGCAGAACAGAAGUUAAUUGAAAGCAUGCUGCAAAACCUGACAAAGCCAGGAACAGGGAUUUCGGACGGCGAUUUCUGGAUAGGGCUCUGGAGGAAUGGAGAGGGGCACACAUCUGGUCCCUGCCCAGAUCUCUACCGGUGGUCCGACGGAAGCAGUUCCCAGUACCGAAACUGGUACACUGAUGAACCUUCCUGUGGAAGUGAAAAGUGCGUGGUGAUGUAUCAUCAACCAACGGCCAAUCCUGGCCUUGGGGGUCCCUACCUGUACCAGUGGAAUGACGACAGGUGCAACAUGAAGCACAACUACAUCUGCAAGUAUGAACCAGAAAUUAAUCCAACACCUCCUGUGGAAAAGACUUAUUUCACAAAUCAACCGGGAGACACUCAUCAAAAUGUGGUUGUUACUGAGGCAGGAAUAAUUCCCAAUCUAAUCUAUGUUGUUAUACCCACCAUCCCACUGCUCUUACUGAUACUGGUUGCUUUCGGAACCUGCUGUUUCCAGAUGCUGCAUAAAAGGAGAGCAAGGAGACACUUCAUCAAAGACUCAACUCCAUUAUCAUCUGAGUGCCUUGCAGAAAGUUUAAAUGCCAGUCUGUAAAGGAAGAACAAAAACUAGCCCAAACCAGUCCACACUGUGGAUUUCAAAAAGCACCAGAAAAGAAAGUGGCAUGGAAGUGUAAUAAUUCACUGGCUUGGCUCCAGAAGGAGUUUUGCAAUUCUGGAUCUGUGUAAGGAAUGGCAUCAGAACCUAAGCUUGGAAUGGCUUUGAAAUCUCAAAGGAUCUGCAAGAUGAACUGUAAGCUCCCCCUUGAGGCAGAUAUUAAAAUAAUUUUAUAUGGUUACUAUUUCAUUUACAAACUACGCUAUGCUAAUAAUGGAGUGAGACAUGCUUAUUUUGCUAAAGGAAGCACCCAAGCUUCAAGUAAAUGGGAUAGACCGUGCAGAUAAAAUUGCUGUCAACACGUCACAGAAGUAUGUGCAUUGGAAGCAGUUAUUUUUGUCUCUUUCACCGUUCAUAAGUUGUAAUCUAGUUAAUGUGAUGUAAAUCGCAUUGCAAUUUACAGUGUGCAAAAGUAUUUUUCCUUUACAUACGUGUUUGAUAAAAGUGGACUGUUCUAAUAUUUAUUUUUAUGGUGUUUCAUUUUUCAGUACAUGCUGUUUUGACUAAAGAAAUUUAUCACUGUUGUCAAGUGACUUCACACACACAUAAAUACAUUACCAUAGGAAAAAAAUGUCUUUUCUAGAAAUAGCUCAUCCUCUUUUACUUUCUCUACUUUGGGUCAGACUGUGUGUAGAAAAUGUCUUCAGAAGUAAGAAGUUACUUCAUGAACCGUGGUAUCAAUCUACUCAAAUAUUUUACUUAGAGGCAAGGAUUAUCUGAUUUCAAUUGUGCAAGAUGUGUGCCUUACAAUUAUUUUUAGUUUAAAAUCCAACAGAUUUUGUAAGAACUUUGUUAAUAGUUGUAUAAACAAAAAUAUACUCAAUUUCGAACAAAAAAAGUGGCAUACACGAUAUAAAGCAUCUGUCUUCACAUGUUGCCUAUUAUAACCACAAGUAGCUCUCUGAGGGUUCUGGAAUCGAUGUGGUCCCUCCCUUGCCCACAAAGCAAAGAUGGUGGUUUGGGUCUGGGAUUACCCCGGAGGUGGAUUAGCUGCAAAGUUUGCCUAAGGUUUUUCCUAGCUGGUUAGCCUCUGUCAGCGUAUAAAGGGGCUUUACAGUUGGGACUAGGUGAAUGGUCACCGCUGCAGUGGACUUAAAGCCCAGCACACUGACAUUUCCAGGAGGAAAGAAUCUAUGAACUAGUAUGAAAAUGGGUUGCAAGACAUCAACGUCAUGUGUUCAUUGUCGAGGGUGUGGCGAGGACAGUAAUCUGGGGCGCCUCUGUCCUAAUCUUCUAGUUUCUUCAAUGCUUGUGGCUCCUUCUUCUCAAGAGAGCUGUACCUAUCUGGUCUUCAAAUGUCUCUGUGCUCCUUUUAAUCAAAUAAAAAGUCGUGUUUCUGAAGAAUGAUCAUUGGUGUUAUCUAAAUCUCUUAAGUGCACAAUAUACAGAUGUGUUUGCAACAGUGUAUGGGAACAGAUUACUGUUGUGUGUGGUGAGAAUGGAAGUCAUGGGUGUAGAGUGUUUUAAACCUCAUCUUUUCAGUUAGAUUCAGUUAGAUAAAAAUGUGCUUGCAUUAAAGCAAUUCACAAGUCCAGUUGGUGGGCAAAAUUAAGAGGCAAAAUAGAAAUCAGUGGGCAUCAGUCCCUUUUCAGCUGCUCAGAGACUGAGGAAUUGGGCAGCUGUGUUCUAAGCUUAGAUGUGCCCACAUUUAGCACUCCUCUUUCUUUUCCUGGCCACCCAUCUUUCUGGGCAGAACAGGAGACCAGCUGCUGGGAUCCCCCUCCUGCCUGCCAGCUCCCACCAUGCACUCCUUUAGUCAGGACUUGACAGAGGGAGACGAGGCUUUCCCCACUGUCUAUGCCACCCAUGGCUACAGCAGCUGCAGGGUGGGAGAGGCAGAGCAAUGGGGAAGGGACUUGAUUUUGCCUUUGAUCUUGAUCCAGGACUGGAUUACUCUUCUGGUAUCGAUUACUAAACCCAUAAGUUACGCAGGGUGGGCCAAUGAACUCUCUUAUUAGAAGAUGGCAGAGAGGCUGUCCUCAGGGUUUCUUAAGCUGACCUUUGAAAAAUAAAAAUUAAAAAUAUAUCUGUUGUGAGUAUUUGUAUUCUCAGAACAUACUUGGACUGUGUGUUCUGAAAUGCAGGUGGAUUGUGAAACUACAUUCAGGGGUUAAAAUCAACCAACACACCCCACCCUGCUGCUCCAUCCUUCCUAAACACUCUGUCUUUCCUAUCUGAAACAGGUCAUUGGAAAGGUCUUAAAAAGAAUAGAGUGUUCAGGGACUCCCAGUUUUUGUCCUAAGAAUAAAUCCCAUGAUUAUUAACCAGAAAUUUGUAGUCCUCAACCAUCUGGCCACACCUUCUCGAUCAUUCCCCAGAGAGAAAGUCUUCUGGUAGGACAACUCAUGAUUAUCUACUGCCCCUUCUCCCUAAACUUUCAGGGUCACUCCCACCUACGCAGUGGUCUCCAGUGCCUCUUCAAUAUGUCAAUAAAGAUUACUCCUCUCGGGUGUAGCCCACAUCUCCUUUCUUCCAUAAGAAAGGACAAUAUCAACUGACUGAUCCCUUCUUCCAAUUCUUUUAAAACUUACUCUCUCCUCUAUUACUUUGGACCUUAUAGACUCAUGCAGCAAUGUGUGUGUGUGUAUACGUGUGUGUGUUUGAAUGUGCCCAUUUGUAUUAAUUUGUAUGAAUUUUAUCUUCCUGAAGAAAUCAGUAGAUUUUGUGUGGUAAGCUAAACUGAAGUUUGCACUUACUUUGGAAAUGAUCCAGGAGACGAAAGCAGUGAAGCCAA